AUGGUCAAGGUUGGCUCUUCUCAUGCUGCAGUUGACGUCGGCGUUAGCGAAACCCAUCAAAGAAACUAUGUCUCCGAAGAAGUCUUUGAAAUGAAGGAUAAAAAAGACAUGACGGUGGCUUUUGACGAAGAGGCUCCGGUCAAGACUUUCACAGCCAACUCAUCUGACCAUGAAGGAGAAGAAGUAUACGUGUCGAAAAGACAGGUUAUGAGAGACGUUUUUGCCAAGUACUUAAAAUUCAUUGGCCCAGGUCUAUUAGUUAGUGUUGCUUAUAUUGAUCCUGGUAAUUAUUCCACUGCUGUUGAUGCAGGUGCUUCCAAUCAGUUUUCAUUGCUUUGUAUCAUCUUGUUAUCCAAUUUUAUUGCUAUAUUCUUGCAAUGCCUGUGCAUCAAGUUGGGUUCCGUUACUGGGCUAGAUCUGAGUAGAGCUUGCAGAGAGUACUUACCAAGAUGGCUCAACUGGACACUGUACUUUUUCGCUGAAUGCGCCGUUAUAGCCACUGAUAUAGCAGAAGUCAUUGGUACUGCGAUUGCUUUGAACAUUCUGAUUAAAGUGCCCCUCCCAGCGGGUGUCGCCAUUACUGUCGUGGAUGUGUUUUUAAUAAUGUUCACAUACAAACCAGGUGCAUCUUCGAUCAGAUUUGUUAGAAUAUUUGAAUGUUUUGUUGCAGUAUUGGUUGUUGGAGUGUGCAUUUGUUUCGCCGUGGAAUUGGCCUAUAUUCCAAAGUCUACCUCGGUCAAAAAAGUGUUUAGGGGGUUUGUUCCAUCAUCUCAAAUGUUCGAUCAUAAUGGUAUGUAUACUGCCAUCUCCAUUUUGGGUGCCACUGUCAUGCCACAUUCCUUAUUUUUGGGAUCUGCUUUAGUACAACCAAGACUCUUAGAUUACGAUGUUCAGCACGGUAACUAUACAGUUUCAAGUGACGAUGAUAAUAAAAAGCAAUCAAAAUCUGCUGAAGACGUCAUGGAGGAAAAAUACUUCAACUAUAGACCCACCAAUGCUGCCAUCAAAUAUUGCAUGAAAUACUCAAUGGUUGAAUUAAGUAUAACUCUUUUCACACUGGCCUUGUUUGUCAACUGCUCGAUCUUAGUUGUAGCGGGUUCUACGUUGUACGAUUCAUCAGAAGCAGAUGGCGCAGACUUAUUCACCAUCCACGAUUUAUUAUCAAGAAAUUUGGCACCAGCAGCAGGUACGAUUUUCAUGUUGGCACUAUUGCUAAGUGGUCAGUCUGCAGGUGUGGUUUGUACUAUGGCGGGACAGAUUGUCAGUGAAGGCCAUAUAAACUGGAAAUUACAACCGUGGCAGAGAAGACUAGCCACAAGAUGCAUUUCUAUAGUCCCAUGUUUGAUAAUUUCUAUUUGCAUCGGUAGAGAAGCUUUGUCGAAGGCAUUGAAUGCUUCCCAAGUGGUAUUAUCUAUCGUGUUGCCAUUUUUGGUCGCACCUUUAAUUUUCUUCACCUGUAAGAAAUCUAUAAUGAAAACAGAAAUCACUGUCGACCAUGCCGAAGAAAACAGGAACGCUCAAAAGAACAAUAGUAACAACUGUGAAUCCGAGAGUGGAGUAAAUGCGGAGAAUGGAGUCAUGGAAGGCAAUGUGAGUGAUAUGGAGCUAGAAAAUAGCAAAGAUGUCAAAAUUGUUUAUAUGGCAAACAACUGGCUUAUCACAGUGAUCGCUGUUAUCGUAUGGAUCUUUUUAUCGUUCCUGAACAUUUACGCCAUAGUGCAGUUGGGUAUAUCCCAUGGUGAUGUGAGUUAA